AUGGAGACCCGCGCGGCGGUAUUCGCCACCACCCUGCUGGCGCUGGCGGCCCUCUGUGCCGCCGACUGCUCGCUGGAGCUGGGCGUCGAUCCCGGUGCCUCGAGAUUUACGCUGGGCGGGGCGGCAUCGGCGAGCCUGGUGGGCAGCCUGGGGCCCCUGGAAGGGAUCUUCGCGCAGGAGCAGAGGGUGGGCGUCAGCGGGGCCCUGCGCCUGGAGAGCGACGAGGACUGCCCGCAAGGGGCGGAUGGCCUGGAUGCUUUCUGGAGGACGCUGUCCGUGCGCAGCCGCCAGGGCGCGCCCCUGGCUGUGUACCCGGGCCUGGUCUCUACGCGGCUGACUGGGCUGGGGUUCACGCUGUCGACGUUCAACUUCACCGACGUUGGGUUGUCGUGGUCGGCCAGCGCGUUCCGGGCGGACGCCGGGGGGGCACCGGGGGCCUUCGUGGCGGAGGUGGUGCUGGCGUACGUCGCCGGCGGGCUGGUGUACGAGACGGCGUCGGCCAGCGGCGUGCUGAACGACGUGCCCCUGAAUUACACCGUCACGCAGGAGGUGAGUGGACUGCUGACCGCGGAGGCGUCAACCCUGACGUUGGACUUCCUGCCCAAGAACUUCACCUUCGGCACGGACAUUCGACUGGACGUGCGCGGCUUCGGCGGGUUUAACAACACGGACCUGGUGCGCGUGGAAGGGGACCUCAACGUGACGCUGGCCGGGACCGUGUCCGCAUCGGUCACCACGGGCUGCGCACCGAGCUGUGGGGCAAAUGGGAGGUGCAUGAGAGACCAAUUCGGCCGGCUUGGCUGCCAGUGCCAGUGCGGGUGGGAGGGGGCGUCCUGCGACGUCCCGAGCGGGUUCUGCUCCCCCUUCCCGCCGUCGGAGAUUCCCGUCUGCGGCAGCGACGAUCGAGUCGUGGUGGAGGCGCAGUGCGCGUGCAGGGAGGGGUGGCGGGGGCCGCUGUGCGACAUUUGCGCGGAGGACGGCGCCUGCGCGGAGCGUCUGGGCGCGCCGGGGGCGAAGUGCGUGACGGGGUUCGGUUACGGGGAGACGUCCGCGGGCAAGGUGUACGCCUGCGAGGGCGUGUCGGGGGAGAACGUGCUGGCUGAGUUCUUCGGGCCCAGGCUGGGCUUGCGGUGCAACACGUCGGGGUCGGGCGAAAACGGAAGCAUUUUCGGCCGAAUCCUUCCCGGCACUGACGACGACGAGGAUGGGGAGGGCACACCAUUCUGCGUGGUUGAUUUCCUUUUUGAUGGAGAGGAGGAGGACCGCGUGGCCUGCGAGGCGCGUGGGUGCACGUUUCAGGUGGGCAGCGAGGCUGUGGCGUGCGCGGGGCCCGUCGCGUGCACCUGCGACGGCCGGGAGUGCAAGAAGAACAUCAACGACACGAUCGGCACCGUGCGGUCGAUGGCGCUGGACUGCGGGGGCCAGGCGGAGUGCGAGCAGUGCGGGGAGGGCCAGCAGGCGUGCACCGUCACGUUCGACGGCGCUCUGGGGCAGAUCGACCUCGUAGGGGCGUGCGCGGCCGGGGAGUGCCGUGACCCGGAGGGCGACAGCAUCCUCGGAAACUGA